AUGGGGAACCAUGAUGAUGAGCUCUUCAAGGCACGUGUAGCACCACCAAGGCACACACAGCAUAUGCCUAUCUGGUUGCUUUGCAGCUUGCCAUUUCCCAAACUGACAGUCAAGCUGGAGGGCAUGUACUGCCCGACAAUUGACCCCGCUCUGUUUGCCGCAAUCAUUUCCGACUACAACCUGGCUAAGCCCAAUGAAGUAGCUCAGUUGCGUGAGACGCUGGAUGUGCUGGCAGCUUCUGCAGUCGAACAAGAGGAUCUACCGUUUGAUCCUACGGGCACCACAACUCUUCGGACCUCAGAAGCUGCAGACUCUAGCACUGGCGAGCCGUCAGCUGAUGCACCACUAUCAGACAUCACAAGCUGGACAUCGAUUGAACAUCUCGACCAGGCCAAUGCCGACCUCAAAGGAUCAAAGCCUGCCUACACCUUUCAGGGUAUGACUACUGCUGAGAAAGCGCAGAAAUUGAUUAGCAUGUUUCCAACGAUUACUCGCCUGGAAGCUGAGCGCAUCCUUGAGAACUGCCAUGACAACCUCGGCCGUGCUAUGGACGUUCUCCUCAAUCUUGCCUUCAUUGAGGAGACGCAACUUGCUGGGGAUGCUCCCCAAGAAACCCCUGAAGAGGUGAAAGCCCGUGGUUCCUCGAUCCCCAAAUCAGUUGAUGGCUUUCACGCGGACGAGAACCAGAACGGCGGCGGUAAGAAGUCGCGAAAGAAGAAACAACAGCAGCAACGUAAGGCUCAGAUGUCCUUGCAAACCUCCAAUACCAUCGCCACCAACAAAUGGGAGGCCGGGAACAAAGAUAUCGAUUUUCUCUCCUCACGUGCCUCCUCUCUACAGAGGGAGAAGAUCGCUUCAGCCUAUCAUGCCAACUCCAUGUCAAUUGGUGCGACAAUCAGGACCUUGGCACAGGCCCAUGCGCCAAAGGAUAUUGAGGAGAUCGAGGAUGAUCCUCGGCUCCUCACCCAAGUCGGCGAAAUUGGACAUCACUUCCCUGGCAUUCAUCCCACAACUCUGGCUGGCCUCAUCCACAUUACAAACGGUGAAGUGACGGCUAUUAGCGAGUUAGCUGAGAAGCUGGAAAGUCGACCAGCUCUCACUUCGCCGUCAGAAAUCAUCACCUUUGUGACCGCUCCCGUCAAUAUCGACGAAGAAGAUGAGGAAAUCCCGCCUGUCCACCAGUCCGAGAGCUCCUCAGGAUACAUGAACCUUGAGGACUCCGCUGCUGCGGCGAGCUCUCACUUUGCAGCUCGCUCAGCCGCCCUCGCCCAAGCCUCCCAGUCUGCCCGCCGCGCCCGAUCAAACCCUUUGUACGGCGGUGCCGCCGCUUACUAUAGGGAAGUCAGCAACAAGGAACGCCAACUGGCAAUGCGGCAUUUGGCGGCCGCGUCUGACCAGUUGGUGGCACGGCAGUCAUCGCCGGACAGCUUGGAUCUCCACGGCGUGAGCGUGGCUAACGCGGUCAGAAUCGCCCGUGAAAGGGUCCAGGCCUGGUGGGAUGGACUGGGCGAUCAGAAGCAUGUCCGUGGUGGGGGGCAGCACUCCCACGGUGGAUUCAAUAUUAUCUGCGGCGUUGGCCUUCACUCGCAAGACCGCAAGUCGCACAUUGGACCCGCCGUGUGGAACAUGCUACAGAAGGAGGGGUGGCGUGUGGAACUAAACAGAGGUUCUAUGCUCGUGACCGGGUUUGCGCCGACAUCUUGCUCCUCUCGGUUACUAUCAGGGCGCCCGUGGAAACCACCCCACACAAAAGCAAGCACGAAAGCUCUUAGAGCUGCACCUACCAUUCCAUUUCUCGGCGCCUUUUUCAGCUCCAACCGUAAACCUGAGGAACCGAACGAAGCCAUGUCGCACCCGGACCAGAGAAGCGAAGAUCAGUGGAGAGCUGUUUUGAGUCCAGAGCAAUUCCGCAUCCUCCGUGAGAAGGGUACCGAGCGCCCCCACACUGGCGAAUACGAUUCCCACUACCCAUCAAAAGGCGUCUAUAACUGUGCAGGUUGCAAUGCGCCGCUUUACACCGCCGACCAAAAGUUCAAGUCCGGCUGUGGAUGGCCAGCAUACUUUGACUCUAUUCCAGGUGCUGUGACCAGACAUGUCGACAGCUCAUUCGGCAUGAAGCGGACGGAGAUUGUUUGCACCAACUGCGGGGGCCAUCUAGGCCAUGUGUUUGAGGGUGAGGGGUAUCCUACACCUACAGAUGAGCGCCAUUGUGUGAACAGUUGGCGUCAUCCCCUAUCCGUAUCAACACUGCCGCCUUAG